AUGGGUCACCACAUAAGCACGUUGUUCUCGAGUCUUGGGAGGUUUUUCGAGUAUCCCGUAAAGAGGAAACCCAUAUGCUUUUAUAGGCAAGAAGACUUUACCGCAACUGGUGAGCCUCAGAGAAAGGUAGCUGACACUCAGAAAACUACUAAGACUGAUUAUGACAAGCUAGUUGAAUUGUUUUAUAAGAGACUAGCAGAACAACGGCAGUAUAACCAGGAAAUGAAAGAGCAAGAUAGACGAUGGAGUAUGCAGAAAGUAGUUGAAAGGUUUCCUGGGUGGAAUGAGGUUACUAUCGCGAACCUGCACAGUUUAUUUCUUCUUUUCGACAACCAGUCAAACGGCAUGCUUGGUUUCGAUGAUUUCUGUGCUGUUCUUGAAAGUUUGGGAGACGAGAGUUCGAUGGAGCUUCGUAAAGAGAAAUUUAAUGCGGCCGACUCUGACAAUGAUGGCUGGAUAACUUAUGACGAUUUUUUAUCGCUCGUUUAUCACUUUAGUCCACAGGAAAACGGCAAUCUGACAGGAUUAGCCCAACUGUGCAACGAUGUUGCAGAUAACAUACAAUUUGUUAGCAAUCUUACUGUAGGCGAACAGUUAGAAUAUGGGUUGUUUUAA